CAGAUGACGACACCUCCCACGUGCACGGCGUGCUAACUCGGGACAACCUUUUCGACGGCACGAUCGUGACGAACCUGGAGCAAUACUAUAUCGAGCCUGCCGCCCGGUACGGGCCGGACCUGGAGCGGCAAGGCAUCCAUACUGUGAUCUACAAACUCAGCGACGUCAGGAUCCGGCAGGAUCACCACGGUCACCAGCCGCGGCCGCAGGACAGCAGCAGCGGUGGCCGUGGUAGUGGUGGUGGUGGUGAUGAUGGUGGUAGUAGUAGCAAUAGUAGUAACAGUACUCGAAUCGAUAGUGAUAUUAGUGUCGGCGGGCGGGAAGCGGGGACGGGGCAGGAUGCGGCUGUCCAGAAUCAAUUGAAUCAAAAGUCUGAUGAUACUAGUAGUAAUAGUGUUAGGCUAAGUAGGCAAAGUGAGAGCGAAUGGGUGCGGAGAAACGGGCUGAGCGGGAAAAGCGGCGCAGGUGAAGGCGGUUUGGUACGACGGAAGAGAAGCAGCCGGAAGAGCGAUAUCAAGCGGAGGAAACGAUGGCUGCCGGAGGAGAUGCACGAAACCCGCGGUAAUCCUUCACUUCCGCUGGACCUCGAAGUUCCCUACAACGAUGAUUUCAGCAUCACGCGCAACCAUAACCUCAACCUUAACUUUAAGGAUCGAAUCAUAACCCGAACCAGCCUGGCCAGUGGCGGCAGCAGUUCCAGUUCCGGUAGUGGGCACACCGUGAACAAAAACAUCCAUAGCAACGUACAGGAUAGCAAUCGUUUCCAGCCGCCUACUCCGAUGAAUAAUAGAAAAAAUCACUUCCUCAUCAAUACGUACAACCCGAACGGUGGGGAUGCGAACCAGCGAAUAAUAACCCGCAAUCGGAACAUCAUCGGUAACGUGUACGACCAGAAUGCGGCAGUCGGUGGAGGUGACAACAGUGGCAAUAGCAGCUCGAACCCAAACCACAAGACGCACGUGGAGAUCAUCACCAAGAAUGGAUCGACGAAGAAGAACAUCAUCGUAAACAAUUACGACCCGGAUGUCACGAUCAGCGGGGCUAACGGAAAUGUGAACCUAAACGUGCGGAACGAACUGAACGAACAGAAGCAGGCAUUUGCGAGCUCGCUGUACGAUCGGAAGAGUACGUGCAUGUUGUAUCUGCAGGCGGAUCACACGUUCUUCCAGAAGAUGGGCUCGGAUGAGGCGAGCAUCGAAGCCAUCACGCGGCAUGUCCAGCGGGCCAACAUGAUCUACCGGAAGACGGGUGAGUAAUAGUUUUUGGCUUUACUGUA